AUGUUAGGCUGGCUCAACUUCACGAGCUUUAAUCGCACCCAAGAAGCGAGAUGGGAUGCUGAUGCAGUGACAAUGCAACAAUUUUCGAAGUUUGAGAAUUGUUGCAUUGUCACUGCGAAAGUAGCAUUUUACAGCACCCGUUUGCUUAGUUACUCAUUUACUGCCUUACAGGGGGGGCUACUUGCCAAGCCAUUUUACGCUUGGAAGGAUACUGCACCUCUCCUUCAGGAUCUCAUGAGCGAGUAUGCGAUUCCAGCGCUGGGCCCAUUUCCUCGACUAGGCCUUCAGCAGAAUGAACCAGCUGUCCCUAGAGGCCGCUCGUUUGAACUAAGCGUCAAUUUCCAACAAGCAAAAACAACUAUUCGAUACGACUUUGAGCCAACCAGUUAUCUCGCUGGUACCUCCAGAGAUCCAUUCAACCAGCUCACGGUAAACCAAUUGCUCGCAAAGCUUGCGAUUGGCGGAGCCAAUGUCAACACGCAACUGCACUACCAUUUCCAGAGUGCGCUCUCUCUUUCGAAGCAGGAUAUCAUUGCCUUGCGAAAGGUCAAGUAUCAUCUUUCCACCAAGCAACAUGUGGUUGCAUGGGACCUGAAAGGCGAUGAUAAUCUAAUGAAGAUGUACUUUUUGGCCUUGGCCAAGGCUAAGGCGAUCGGGGUGUCUUCUAGGAGUUUCGUAAUGAAAGCUGCUGCGGGGGCCGAUCCCAACAUCCAAAACUCAGCCGGCUUUGCCAUGCUCGAUGAAUAUCUCCGUGAGAAGGGGCUACUUGAAAAUUUCUAUAUCUUAAGAUGGGAUUGUGUGGAUGACUCUCCGCGCAUCAAGAUCUACUUAGCUGACCCGGAAGUGACCAUCGCAAAGGUCAAAGACUUAUGGACCCUUGGUGGCCGGCUCCAUAGUCCGGCUAUUUUGAAAGGCUUAGACUUGCUCCUCAGACUUUGGAGCCAUCUCAAUGUUCCAGAAGGUGUGCGUUCCACGACGGAGCUCGGAGAAACUGAACAAGAGGAUCGGAGGAGUGGAUUGACAUUUGCUUACGAAUUGAGGGCGGGGGCUUUGGAACCUGAGCCCAAGAUGUACUUCCCUUUAGUUGGAGAGAACGACCUCAUUGAACUACGUACUGACCUUUCUGAGACUUUGUGA